UGCAACGAUCGAAGUAAACGCUGCAACCUUAGGUUACGUCGAUUUCAAUCACAGUUAGCAAAAUGACCGGAUCGUUGGACGAAUUACUGAAAGAAUUAAACUAUGACUUCAAUUAUCAGCUGCACGAAACUCGUACUGCCAUGCGCAAGUUUUCUGCAGAGCAGCGUCGUAUCGUGGAAGCUUGGAUCCAUAAGCUGCACCGAACAAACCAAUCGCUCGAAGAAGUCCGGCUAAGAAAUGAUUUUCUGUUCUAUCUCGCACGAAACUGCGAAGACGGAACGCUGUUGCCACCGUUCGAUCAAAGACCAGAGGACGGGUACGUCUUGAAUGCCUCCCAUUUGAUGGCACACUUUGGAACGGAGAUGACGGCAGAAGCAACCGCCAAGCCGAUUUAUGAAAACCUCACGGGAUCUCCCUCCGGAGGCGCAAGCAGACGGGCCGAGCUAUUCCAGCGCUCGCCGGAUGGAGGAGCGUUUCUGGUAUCGCAACCGGUACCACGCUGCGGAGCAUUUUGCUAUCUGGCCAUAGUUAGUAAACCUCCCACGAACUGAUCGGCUUACCUGGCGGUUCCUUUAGCGAUUUUCACUCGGUCCAAUAUAGAAAGAGGUUUAAUGCUGCUACUCUUUGGGAACAGCCGAUUAUCUAAGGAACCCCCUGGCAUGUAUUGAUACACAAGGCACGGCUCUCCAACUGCAAAAUUAUGAUUAUUAAUUUAAACUAUCCCAAAUAUAUUUGAUGCGAAACUUUACACUCAAAACU